AUGAAGUUGCGAGACCGCGACGAGAACGUUGUGUCGCGCUGUCGCUAUAAGUUUGGGAAGUGCUUGAAUCCACGCACGUUCAAGAUCAACGGCACGUUGCAUUCGUUGUGCACCAUGCAUAGACAACGCCAGAACGCGCAUCAGCUGAAGAGCGAUCGCAAACGACGUCAACGCAAAUCACUUCAGAUGUCGACAGCACCAACAUCCCCGCCUGCAUCCAAGGUCGAGCUGUCGUCGUUGGCACAGUUUUCCCCCUUUGCCAGCGCUAUUCCGUUCCUCGAUGAAUACUCCAUGAGGUCCAAUGCCAUCGGCGAAGCGUUAUACUACAUCAACUACAACUUCAGCAAGCUGACCCAACUUCUCAUCAACCAUGAAGUCGUGGCAUGCACCGAGAGCUGCUCCGGGUUGUUGUCUCUGAACCCAGCAAACCGAGCACCACUGCCUUCUUCCACGAAAAUGGAUGUGAUUGCUCCGCCGAUCCACCCAGCGGAGCGCUCGUUGGCAUUGAACGCAAGCAAUUGUGCCGAGGCUGCAGUUCAAGUGCCCACGGUGUUUGACGUGCCAUGCACGGUGGCUCCAUACAAUCCCCGCCACAUCAACGACCCACCAUUGUCCCUUCCACCAUUCUCGUCCUUACUUCGAGUCCUAUCGGCCUCUGCGCCUCCUUGA